CCUAUGUAGAGAGAUAGAGAGGUCAGCGACAAACAGCACGCUUUGGCCUUUGCUUCCUGAACUAGCCAACCAACCUAACCUUUUUAUUUAGAGACUCUGUCUCACAGUCCUGGUUGCGUGUGUGCUAUGCUUCUUCCCCUUCCUCUUAGGCAGCCUCUUCCUGUUCUGUGUUGUUGAGAUGAGAGAAUAUGGAAUCUCUAUUCUCCUCUUUGUAGCAAACAAAACAUAUCGAGUUUGUGAUUCUAAUUGUAUAUAACUAGCUAUAAUAAUACCCUUUUGCUUUGUGUUGUUCGUUUUAUUCUUAUUCUUUGUGUUCUCUUUCGUGGGCUGUGUUUGUUUUUCUUGUGUGGUAAAGAUCUUGUGUCCGGGUUUAAGUUUAGAAGGUUGAAGAUGCGGUUUUUACUGGUUUUGAGCUCUGGUUAAGCAUUUUAUAAGUUUUCCUGUUAAAUUUUUGGUAUUGAAAGUGGAUAAGAAGGUUGGUUUUAGUGUUCAUAUGGCGGGUUGUUCAAAGAAUGGUGAGGCAAGUCCUCAACUGCUGGAUUUGAUAUCUAAAGAAAGAGAAUGGCUUAUGAUGGGAGAUGGAGAGGGAAGCCAAAGGUCUUCAGAGGAGAAGAAGCUUGAAUUGAGGCUUGGUCCUCCAGGUGGUGAAGAUUGGUCUAUGAAUUUGAAAGAACCCAUGAAAGUGUCAGAAAGAGAUCGCCAUGAGUCUCUUCUUUCUCUAGGCUACUUUUCUUCUGUCCCUAACCAAAACAAUCAAAGCAGCAACAACAACAAUGGCUUUUCAUUUCUUCAGUUCUCAUCCACCCAAACAACAUCAACAGUCGCUUCCGCAACCACACAGAGCUUGCCUGUUAUGUCAAAGGAAUCCUCUAAAUCCUGUUGCACUAAAGUUGUAGACUUGCAGUCUGCACCAGAAAAGAAAGCAUUUCAUUCCUCAUCUCCUGCUAAAAAUCCAGCUGUGCCCACCAGUUCUCAGAAAAGGACUGCUCCUGCUUCAGUGGUUGGUUGGCCUCCAAUUCGUUCAUUCAGAAAAAAUCUUGCAAGUCCAAGUGCUUCUAAACCGGCUGCUGAGUCCCCAAAUGCGGUCCCAAACAAGGGGAUUAAUGAAAAGCCAGUUGAAGUUAGCAGGAAAAGUCUGUUUGUGAAGAUAAAUAUGGAUGGUGUUCCUAUCGGCAGAAAAGUUGAUCUCACUGCCUAUGAUAGCUAUGAAAGACUCUCAACUGCUGUGGAUGAACUCUUCAGAGGCCUCCUUGCAGCUCAAAGAGAUUCCUGUGCUGGUGGAAUGGUGAACAAGCAAGAGGAAGAGAAAGCCAUUACCGAUGUAUUGGGUGGAAGUGGGGAAUAUACUCUUGUUUAUGAGGAUAAUGAAGGGGACAGGAUGCUUGUUGGGGAUGUCCCAUGGCACAUGUUUGCAUCAACUGUCAAGAGGCUAAGAGUGUUGAAGAGCUCUGAGGUCUCGACCUUAAGCUUUGGAAGCAGAAGCAAGACAAGUUACUAGCUUGACCCUGCAUUGAAAAGAAGAGAAAAAAGAGUUCUUUCUGUAAGAUUCUCCUCUGAAGUUUGAACAAGAGACCUGAUUUGUGUUCUCCUUUUGACAUUUCGUUUCCUUGUUUCGUAUGAACUUUGUUGUAACCGCAGUAAAUAUAAUAUUAUAUAGAAUUAACUAGCUCAUGUUAUGUGUAAUUUUGACAUUUUCCAUAAUACUAUCAUGUCUUGAGCUUUUGGUGUA